GAAUACAUUGGAGCAUGUGUGGUUCUCAUAGCAGCUGUGACUUCUAUUACCAAGUCCCUGUACAAUCAGCUGUCUUCAGGACUUGUGGGCUUAGGACUAACCUAUGCUCUUAUGGUGUCUAAUUACCUGAACUGGAUGGUUCGUAACCUGGCUGAUAUGGAGAUCCAGCUGGGAGCAGUGAAAAGAAUCAAUGGCCUUCUAAAAACGGAAGCUGAAAAUUAUGAAGGGCUCCUUUCUCCUUCGCAGAUUCCUCAGAACUGGCCUGCCAGAGGUGAGAUCCAAAUACAGAACCUGAGUGUCCGGUAUGACAGCAACCUAAAGCCAGUCCUAAAGCACGUCAGUGCUCACAUUUCUCCAGGGCAAAAGAUUGGAAUCUGUGGCAGAACAGGCAGUGGGAAAUCCUCCUUCUCUCUUGCCUUUUUCAGAAUGGUUGACACCUUUGAAGGGAGGAUUAUCAUUGAUGGCAUAGACAUUGCAAAGCUCCCUUUACAGACGCUAAGAUCCAGGCUGUCAAUCAUUCUCCAAGAUCCUAUUUUGUUCAGCGGUACAAUCCGGUUUAACUUGGAUCCAGAAAAGAAAUGCACAGACAGCAUGCUGUGGGAAGCCUUGGAAAUAGCACAACUCAAACAUGUAGUGAAAGCACUACCAGGGGGUCUAGAUGCCAUAGUCACAGAAGGUGGAGAAAAUUUUAGCCAGGGGCAAAGACAGCUGUUCUGCUUAGCACGGGCAUUUGUGCGAAAGACAAGUAUCUUCAUCAUGGAUGAAGCCACAGCAUCUAUUGACAUGGCAACAGAGAACAUUCUUCAGAAAGUUGUAAUGACUGCGUUUGCUGACCGUACUGUGGUAACCAUAGCACACAGGGUACACACUAUUCUGAAUGCAGAUUUAGUCAUUGUAAUGAAGAGAGGGGUUAUUUUGGAGUAUGAUAAGCCUGAGGUUCUGUUGGAGCAAGAAGAUAGUGUGUUUGCUUCUUUUGUACAAGCCGAUAAAUGAUAGGAUAAAAUGAAGCCUUUCAAAGUGCAAUUGUAUUAUUCAUUUUCUAAUUAUGUA